CGCUUCACGAUCGUCGAAAAUUUCUGGCAAUUUUUUUUAUGUUUCUUUUUAUGUUCGAGUCGCGGCCAUGGACUCCGACCCUCGAUCGACUGAAACGGACCCUCUAGCUGCUCAGCAAGAUGUUCUUGAUGCACGGCGACGAUCCAAACGUACCGAAAACGCAGACGGAAGAGUAUCGAAGGUCACCAUCGUGGAUUCCGGUCAAAUCGCUCCCACCGAAAAGAAAAUAUCAAUUCGCGAGAGCGAAACGCGUACGUCCAAAACGGACGACGGCUCGAGGACCAGAUCUUCCAGGAGAUCGACCGUCUCCUUCAGGGGAACCGCCAGAAGUAGGCAGAGCAUUUUCUACGACGCGAUCCCCAGGAUAUCCGGAUUGGACCACUUGGAGGGUUUUUUCGAUCUCACCAAAGCAGACACCUUCGCCCUAUUCGACGAUUACGACGGUGCGGAGGAAGAAGAGCCCGGCGAAACGGAACCCUACCAGCCGAGACUAAUAGACAGGGAACCGUACUACCAAAGGUACGACGCGGUUCUGAAGGAAAUCGACGCGAACAAAGUCAAGAACAACAUGCUGCAGAAGAAGGUGGCGACGCACUUCAAACGCAGGAAGAUCGACAUGUUUCUCAAAGAUGGCGGCCCGGUCGCCGAUCACUUGCUCAAGUAUUACCGACGGCUGGAGGCUUACGGCGAAGCGCUUCAAGUUGAUGAGACUCAGAGGACGGUGGCGUCGAUGGCACUCGAAGAAUUGAGGAGGAAACGCGACUUCCAAAGCGCGACCCUCGACGAGUCCUUCGGGAAUAUGCAGCUCAGGCAAGGUCACGUGGGCACGGGACUCAUCUACUCGAAAACCGGCAAGCCGAUAGCCGACAAGGUGGUAGAGCGGUUUUUGAGGAGGCAACGUGCGAAAAUGGACCAGGUGCGCUCGAUGAGGUUGAAGUUCAUCAGGUUGAAGAAGAUGGUCCAGGAAAAACUGGACGGUAUCAAUCGUCUGGAGCGGAUCGACGAGGAGCACCGCCUAAACGAUUACGAACAGCUGAAGGAGGAUAACAGGAACUACGCGGACAGGAUCGAGGAGAAGGACGAAGAGCUGAGCAGACUGAGAGUGAAAUGUCAAAGCACGAUCCAAAUUCUGGCCCACUUGCGCGAGAAGUCUGCGGCGUUGGAGCGCGACGUCGCAGAUCGGAGGUCGGAACUGGAGCGCGUGGAGGGCGAGGUCUUGCAGAGUCGGCGAAUGCUUAACCGGCAGAAAUUGACCCUAGACAAGUACAGGGGGAUGAUAAGCGACAUUAGAGAAGACACCGGGUUGCUAACGGAGACCGCCUUGCUAACGGACAUGGAGAGUUCCUCGAAGGAGUUGGACGCGCUCCAGAGGGACCUGGAGUUGUGCAAGCAAGAGUUCUCCGGCAAAGCGCCGCGGGUGAGGAGUCUGAGGAAACUUAUCGAGGCCGCGAGCCGACGUCGACAAAGCAAAAUCGAACCUUAAACGCAGGUCGUCGCGAGAGACGGUCCCAAGGUCGGAUAAAAUAAAUCCUUAAUAUAUGUACGAAU